AUGUACAUAAAUGUAAAAAAAUAUCAAGACUCUGCGUCACAACAACAAUCGCAUCAAAAUCCUCAGCCACAGCAAGGUUCGGGCUCUCAACAACAGGCGCAACAACAAUUUCAACAACAGCCUCGACAACAACAAUCUCAACAAGAGCCUAGGCAACAACAAUCUCAAGAAAAGCCUAGACAACAGCAAUCUCGAGAAAAGCCUCCACAACAGCAAUCUCGAGAAAAGCCUCGACAACAACAAUCUCAACAAGAGCCUAGGCAACAACAAUCUCAAGAAAAGCCUAGACAACAGCAAUCUCGAGAAAAGCCUCGACAACAGCAAUCUCGAGAAAAGCCUCGACAACAACAAUCUCAACAAGAGCCUAGGCAACAAAAAUCUCAAGAAAAGCCUCGACAACAACAAUCUCAACAAGAAUUUAGGCAACAACAGGGUCAUCAAGAACUGAGACAACAACAAUCUCAACCAGUAUAUACACAACAACAGUCUCAGCAACAGCAACAACAACAGCCUAAACAGCAGUCUCAGCCACAGCAGCAACAACAACAACAAAAAAGCAGAAAACAGCCUCAACAACAACAACAGGCUGAACACCAGUUACAACCACAACAACAAAAAUCUCAGAAAAAACGAAACAAAUCUGGAAAAUUCAAACACGAAGUAACUUGUACAGAAGGAGGACUGCAGGAAGAAUUUUCAUUUCUUCAAAAAGAUGACUCUGAUUUAGAACUUUCACAACAACAACAAGUGCCACCGCAACAACAACAAGCAUGGUCACAAAAACAACAAUUCCCACCUCUACAACAACAAGUGCCACCACAACAACAACAAUUCCCACCUCUACAACAACAAUGGCCACCUCAACCACAACAAGUGCCACCGCAACAACAACAAGCAUGGUCACAAAAACAACAAGUACCACCUCAACAACAAGUGCCACCGCAGCAACAACAAGCAUGGUCACAAAAACAACAAGUACCACCUCAACAACAAGUGCCACCGCAGCAACAACAAGCAUGGUCACAAAAACAACAAGUACCACCUCAACAACAAGUGCCACCGCAGCAACAACAAGCAUGUACCACCUCAACAACAAGUGCCACCGCAGCAACAACAAGCAUGGUCACAAAAACAACAAGUACCACCUCAACAACAAGUGCCACCGCAGCAACAACAAGCAUGGUCACAAAAACAACAACUACCACCUCAACAACAAGUGCCACCGCAGCAACAACAAGCAUGGUCACAAAAACAACAAGUACCACCACAACCACAACAAUUGCCACCUCAACAACAACAAUUGCCACCUCAACCACAACAAGUGCCACC